AUUAACCUUUUCGGAAGCAGCUGGGCAUUUUUUUUGUAGGAAUACACAAGAAAAGCGGGAAAGGAAUAUCACUAUGCGAACACUUGGCUUCAUCGCACUGCUGCAAGUGACUGUUGUAGCUGCAGGAGUACACCGGUCAGAUGAACCAAACAAGCAAGCUCAGCGUCAGCUCUUCCGACAACUUCAUUCGAGAAAUGCAUCGAAGUAUCCAAGCAUACCGACGGCAACUAACAACCCUGACAAAGCGGCUGUAUUGGAGAACUUCUUCACCACGCAAGUUGACCACUUCAAUCUUCAAAACACAGAACGUUGGACGUUGCGAUACUUUUCCGUGUCCGAUUACUACAAGCCCGGAGGACCCAUUCUUAUUUUUCUAAGCGGGCAUCGAUCGCUUACUCCGGAGAUGAUCGACGAAACGACGCUUAUCUACGAAAUGGGACAGGAAAUGAACGGGGCCGUGUUUGGUUUCGAAACUCGGUUCUACGGACAUAGUCGGGUUACUGAGGACCUGAGCACUGACAAUCUUAGACUGUUGAACACCGAUCAGGUACUGGCCGAUUUGGCUGAAUUCGUGACAUAUUUGAGAAAUGAAGUCCUGGAGGAUCCUACUGCUCGAGUUUUGGUUUCUGGUGCCGAGUAUGGCGGUGGUUUAGCGGCGUGGUUCCGUAUCCGGUAUCCUCAUCUAGGAAACGUAGCUUGGGCUUCAAGUGGAUACAUGAAUGCUAUCAUGAAUUUCGAGGCAUUUUCGGAGGCUUGGGGAGAAACUUUGAUUGAACAUGGUAGUCAGAAGUGUUACAAUGAAAUAUUUGUGGCAUUCCAUGUGAUGCAAAAUCUGAUCGAUUUGGGAAAAGCUGAUGUGUUGUUCGAGAAGUUCAAUAUUUGUCACGAUAUCGAUCCGGAAAAUGAAUUUCAGGUUCAAUAUUUUUUCUUCAUUUUGAUGGGAUCAGUAGAACUGUUUACCAUUGCUAACAAGGAUCUUGCUGAUUUCUCCAAAGUGUGUGAUGAAAUUACGGGUGCUGAGGCAGAAAUCGCAGUGAAUGCUUUUGCAAAUUGGUUCAACAACAGAUGGAUCGCUGAAGAAGCCUGUAUAGUUUCGGACCCGGAUGUGGCUGUCGAAAUUUUCCAAGACACAGACUGGGAUUCUGAAUACAACGCACUAGGCGCCCGUCAAGUGAUGUACCAGGAAUGCAGUGAAUUUGGUUGGUUCUUCACCACGGAUUCCCCCUUCCAGCCGUUUGGUGAUCGUGUCAACAUCGAAUUCUUCAUUGAAAUGUGUCGCCGGAUCUUCGGCGAAUGGAUUACUGCAGAAACGAUCGCCAGUGGAGUAGAUCGUGCGAACAAUCGUUUCGGCGGUGUCACCCCUGGGUCUAGUCUGACUCUUUUCACCAACGGAGCAGCCGAUCCUUGGCGAACGAUCGGUAUUACCCGUAACCUCACGGUGGAUGCAACUGCAGUAGUGAUUCCCAAUCAACUGGGCAGUUCCGAUCUUACGGCCACAUCUGAAGACGAUCCUCCAGAACUGCAGGAAGCCAAGCGUAAUUUGAAGACCAAACUCGCCAGUUAUCUGUUCCCGGUAGCACCUUGGGAUAGCUCGUAGAGAACUGCGAUACCAUCGAUGGGUAUCCAGCUG